CGUGACAUUUUAUCGGGGACAGUGGACUCGCUGUUUGUGUUUGCUAGACCGGGAAAGACAGACCAAAAUCCUGAGGGGAAAGCGGGUGUUAGUAGUGAGAGAACCUGCCUGAGGGGAAACGCUUAUUUUUCACGGUUCCCCAUCCUUGUCAGAGUUGUGAGGCGGGGGAAAUCAACUGUCAGAAUAAGGUGGAUGAGGAGAAGGGGACUGUGGGAUUUCCUCAGGUCUUAUGGGAUAAGGAGGAAGGCUAUGAAACGUUCUUUACAAAAGAACAGUACAUGGAAGAAACAACAACAGAAUCCCCUUCUCACAUAAAUUCAGGUUUUCAGAGCUGAAUCUAGUUUGUUUAUGCUGCUCUCCUCUUCUCCCUUGAAGAACUGUUGUGCCAACGUUUAUACCUCCUAAACGACCUCUGAACCACAGCUGUCAGACAAUGGAUGAGAAGAAAAGACUUCAGCAAAAACCACUGGUAUCUCGAUUGCAGCUUAAACCAGACGACACAGAAGUGCCACAUAUGGUGAAAGGAAAGUUUAUUAAGCCUGAGCAGACGUCUAGUGCAGAGGAAGAUGAGAGUUCUCUUUUUUUUCCAGCUGAGACUCCUUCUGAUUUACGCACAGCUGUUUAUAGAGCAGAUACUACAAGAAAAUUAAAAAUAAAAACCAAAGAAGAAAAUAUGCCUUUUGAAUAUGUUUUCUCAAAAAUACAUAAGAAAAAGGUGAAAUCAGUUAUUGAUCAGCCUACCAAAAUGACUGAGUGGGGUCGAUGUAGGACCUUGGAAUACUCUGAGAUGAAAAAUAUGACCAGAGACAAACUUUCUAUAAUUCCUUUUUAUGAAGAAUCUAAUUACACAACUGAUGCAUCAACAGAAACCCUUUCUGAAAAUGAAGAUAAAAGUGAAAAGUCUGAAGUUCAAACUGUUUCUACACAAAUAAGUUGCCACAAAAGGGCAUGCAUUAAAUUUCACAGAUUUUUCAGGCAACAGAAAGCUGCUCCCUCUUAUGAUAAAACAGAACCUAUAUAUGACGAUGUAAUGUUGCAUAUUUUGAGACUGAGAGAAAAACUUGGAUGGCAGACAUCAUUACCACUACGUGGAUUUAAAGCUGAACAAAGAGAUUUCGCUAAUUUUUAUAAGAUCACAUUACCGGAAGCAUUACAGGAAGAUGAUGGAGAAUAUGUAUAUUGUCUCAUAAGAAGUAGGGAUAAUCCUAAAGCAGCCUAUGAUCCAUACGAUCUUCAGGUAGUUUCUGCAGACUUGGCUAGGCAAAGUAAAGAAUAUUGGACUAUUACAGCUACAAAUGUCUCCAAGUUUACCUUAGAGUGUAAAAAAGAAGAAAUGGAAAUAACACCGGUAAUGGAGUGGUUGAAUGAAAGGCAACUUUAUUAUGCAUUACGUAGUAUUGCUCUUUGUUUUAACUUCAGAAAGAUGAAAUAUUUUAUUAUCUGGAAAAACAAUGUAAAGAGGACAAAAAUAAAGAAGAGCAAAAUGGUGAUGUAUGACCGGCUGUUUAGUGCUGAUGAGAUACUACAAAAAUGUUUACUUUAUAUCUAUGCAUUGUGUAUAGAUGUGAGUAACUCUGAGUUUCACAAAGCGUCUGAAGACACAGCUAUCAAUUUCAUAAAGAUAGACACAUCCUACACAUAUACUCUGGAUGAAUUUUGUGAGAAGCAGUAUCAACAAAGUCAACAGGCACUCUCUCAAAUUCGAACUUUUAAAGAUAAAGUUAUCAAAGUAAUUCAGAGUUGUUUCUUAAAGGUAGCAGAAAUGAAAGGAGCAGAAAAGCUUUUUCAGCAUUUGUCAGAUGAUACCAAAGAGAAGUCAAAAUACUUUGAGAUAGCUGAAUGGCGACACAUUAUGGAGAGGUUUUCUAGUUUUCUUCGACUUGUUGAUAGGAUUUUUCAAGAACUGCUUCGCAGAUUGGUUCACAAUGCUGUAAAUCUGCUUUUGGAGAUAUUUAGAGGUUCCAGUUCCAUGACAAUUCCAAAACAGAAGACAAAUGAAAAUCUUAUAAGGUUAUUUAAAAAUACAAUCGAGAGAGCAAAUAGCUUAUUAGACACUGAAAACAGAUGUCUGUGGAUGCUUCAAGAUAAUUAUUUCCAAGGAUCCCAGGAAUCAUCAUAUCUUUCAAAGAAACCUGAAGCACAGCAUGAAAUUGUUACUGUCAGUGAUAUUGACAAGAUAUUAGAAGAAGUGAAAAGGCUUCUGAAAGGAGAAGAAGAAUACUUUCCAAUAUUUGAAGUAGAUAUAUGUCUGAGAAUUCCUUAUGAAAAGGAUUAUUGUAGAAAAUACUACCAGGAUGAUGAUAAUUAUAUCCCAGAAGUGCUACCAGAAUCUUUCAGAGAACCUGAUGAAGAUUUGAAAAAACUGUCUAAAGAUGACAGUAGAAACAAAUGUGAGGACACUGCACAGGAGAUGAGUGAAACCAGAAGUGAAAAAAAUAGAAAAUAUUGGGGCCAAGACUCUGAAUCUAAUAAUGAACCACUUAUAUAUGAGAGUUCUCCAAGAUUCUCCACAGAUAUAUAUCUAAUUCCCAAUAGAAGAGAGUUUUCAAUACAGAUACAAGGAAUUCUAGAUGGAUUAGAAAACACUAUUGAUCAGAUUGUGCCAUUUUCUCAAGAUCCUGAGCUAUCAAUCUUCAUCAUUCAAUCAUUACAUAAAACAAUGCAACCAUAUAUUGAACCAGACCAGUAUUCUGCAACAUGGCCCAACUGUGAUCUCAUUCUAGGAACAGAUCCAGAUUAUGAAAGCAAGAUUGUAAGCCUUCUGUCUCUUCAGAGUUGUUCAUUGGGCCAAGUAGAAUGUUACAGCAGGAAUUAUAUGGAAUAUUGCAAUAUGGUAGAUAAAGCAAAAUACACAACUGACAAGAUAUCCGCACUGAAAAGAGAGAUGUCUACACAAGAGUUCAGAAACAUUCUGGAAAACUAUACAGCUGAUAUAAAGGAAAUUGUGUGUAUGGUUACAGAAAAACGUAUUCGUAUGUUUAAGGUCAAAAGUUUACAGUAUCAGACAGACUGCCUGCCAUAUUUUGAAGCUCUGCUUAAUAAAAUUCAUGCUUGCUUCUAUGCAGCCAUGGAUUCAAAAAAUGUACAACUUGUAGAAGUCACAAGGACAGCAGUAGCAAACUUGAGCAAAGAGCUCACAACUGUCGAUGGAUUCAUUGAACAUUUGCAAUAUCUCCAUGUAGUUUCUUCACAAUUACCCAAAAUACAGAUGCAAUAUAAUAGUCUCUCCGAGCUCUACUUUAUUGCAAAGGACUAUGAUAUCUUUCUUCCACUUCAGCAACUUGCUCUCUAUCAGACUGUUGUGCGCACACUCCAAAAUCUUCAAUCAACUGUUCUUGUCUGUGAAAAAAUGAAGGAUGACUAUAUUAUAAAAUUCAAUGAAGGACUGGGAGAGUAUAUUGACAAUCUGCAAGCUGAAAUGAGGGAGUAUAAAAACAAAGUAAGAAAUCCUGUCCUUCUCCUCAGUGAAACAUUGCCCAAGACUGCUAAAGAAAUUAUCCAAAGCCUUAUUGAAGAAUCAGUAGUAAUUAGUGAAAAAAUUUUAAAGUAUGCAAAUUACCAGACUGUUUUCGACAGCUCCAUCAGUGAUAUGAAAUCAUUGUCAUUAGAAAAGCUGUCACACAGAGGUCAGGUUGGAGAUUCUCAGAGAGUGAAUGCAGAACUUGCUGAAAUUGAAAGUGAAUUAACAGUGCUUAAAUUGUUAUGGGAUGCACAGGAAGAAUGGACGAAGCUUUACUUUAAAUGGACACACACUAUUUUUUGGAAUCUUGAUGUGGAUUUAAUUCAAAGAGAUGUUAACAGAUUCAUGCAGAUCAUGCACAUUCUAGAAAAAGGCUUGCCAGAAAAUACUAUUUUACCUGCUUUGAAGAAGUCGUUGAUGGAUUUCAAGGAAUUUUUGCCUAUCAUUGUGUCUUUGAGGAAUCCCUAUCUUCAAGCAAGACACUGGGAAACAAUACAGAACAUCAUCGGACAGUCAGUUUUUGGGGACAAAAGACUUACCUUGGAUAAGAUUCUGGAACUUGAUAUAUUUCAAUACAAAAAAGAUAUAACUGAAGUGUCUAUAAUGGCUACCAAUGAAACAACGCUUGAAGUAAUGCUGAAAAAAAUCAUUGCCCUUUGGCACAAAACUGAUUUUCAUUUGUCUCCACACCACUCUGAAACAUCUGUUACUUUGAUUAUUUCAUCUGCUGAAGAUAUAAUUGCGCUGUUAGAAGAUUCUCAAGUGACAAUUUCAACAAUUAAAGGUUCUUGUUUUGUUGGACCCAUUAAGAGUCUUGUGGAUGCUUGGAAUCGUAAGCUGAAUCUCUUUUCUUCUACUCUGGAAGAGUGGUUGACUUGUCAAAGGAAUUGGAUUUACCUUGAGCCAAUCUUUCAUGCUCCAGAAAUAAAAAGGCAGCUUCCAGAAGAAGCAAAUCUUUUCUCUCAAGUUGAUAACAAAUGGAAAGACAUCAUGAAACGUACAGAAGAAUGUCCAAAUGCUUUAAAGGCAGCAACAACUACUGGGGUUUAUGAAAUUCUGCAGAGCAACAAUGCAUGCCUAGAAAAAAUACAGAAAGCGCUUGAGGACUAUCUUGAAGUUAAACGUAUGAUUUUCCCAAGAUUUUAUUUUCUAAGCAAUGCUGAACUCCUGGAAAUAUUAGCUGAAAAUAAAAACCAUGAUGCCGUGCAGCCUCAUCUUGUGAAAUGUUUUGCAAAUAUAAGGAAGUUAUAUAUACGUCCACAGGAACAGAGACCGCCAAUGAUUUUAAUGAUCAGAUCUGCAGAAGGGGAAAUUCUUUUAUUGCCAAAAAGUGUUCGUAUAAGAGGCCCUGUCGAACAGUGGCUAGGAAGUGUUGAAAGUAUGAUGUAUGAUAUGGUGAAAAAAUUUAUUACAGUUGGAAUUGCAGAAUGGAGUGAAAUGGAAUUUAAAGAAUGGUUUUUUACCCAUCCAGGACAAGUGGUACUAGUUGUGAGUCAAAUUAUGUUUACUCAGGAAUGUGAAGUAUGUUUACUAAGUUCUAAUACAAAGAAGGAAAUGAUAAUAGGUCGUGAUAAUCUAAUCAACCUUAUAGAACAACUUGCAGAGAUAGCAUCAGAUGUUCUUCCUUACCACAAACAAAGUACGCUGGAAGCGCUGGUUACGUUGUUCAUCCACUGCAGGGAAGUACUAAAUUCACUGAUUGAUCUUGAGAUUUGCAGCACUGAGGAUUUUGAAUGGAUAAGGCAGUUGCGUUAUGAAUGGCAUGAAAUUAGCCCAUGUAGAGUUAUUCAAGGUUAUGCCUCCUUUGAUUAUGGUUAUGAAUAUUUGGGCUGUUCUCCACGUUUGGUUAUUACCCCUCUAACAGAUCGAUGUUGGUUAACUGUCACUGGGGCUCUGCAGCUGAAUUUAGGGGGCUGCCUUGCUGGGCCAGCUGGGACAGGAAAAACAGAGACUGUUAAAGAUCUAUCAAAAAACUUGGGAAAACUCUGCUUAUCAUUUAACUGUUCUGAAGGUUUAGAUGACAAGGUGAUGGGGAAAAUGUUCUGUGGACUGGUUCAGUCUGGAGCAUGGUGUUGUUUUGAUGAAUUCAACAGGAUUGAUCUAGAAGUCCUUUCUGCAAUUGCUUCACAGAUUCAGGCAAUCAAAGCAGCUAAAGACAGUCUCACAGUGAGAUUUGUACUGGAAGGAAAAGAAAUCCGUCUGAAACCAUUCUGUGCAAUCUUUAUUACCAUGAAUCCUGGUUACAAAGGUCGUGUAGAACUCCCAGACAACUUAAAAUCAUUAUUUCGUCCUGUCUCAAUGAUGGUACCAGACUAUGAACUCAUUGCCGAAAUAAUGCUGUUUUCAGAAGGUUUCAAAUCAGCAAAAUUAAAUGCAGGGAAGAUAGUAAAUCUUUAUCAUAUUUCCAGCAAACAGCUGUCACAGCAGGACCAUUAUGAUUUUGGUAUGAGAGCCAUAAAAACGGUAUUAAUAAGAGUUGGUCAGAAGAGACAAGAAUUAAAAACUCAUUUAAGGAACUUUGAUAUUCUGGAGUUCAUCUUCAAACUGUAUUUUCAGGGACGUGUCGGUGUCAUGUUAGUAGGCCCUACAGGUGGAGGAAAGACUACCAUUAGAACAAUUUUAGAAAAAGCCUUGAUGAUCUUACCAUUGAUGGAUACAGAAAAUAUUACAAAGUUUGAUGUUUUUCAGAAUUCUUCAAGGAGGGGCAAAGUAGACACUUUUGUUUUAAACCCAAAAUGUGUUACUCUUGGUGAACUUUUUGGAGAAACAAAUCCUAGUACAAUGGAGUGGUCCGACGGUCUAAUAUCAUCAGCAGUUCGAACCUUUGCCAAACUUGCAGCCAAGAAACCUAAGAAGAAAGACCCAACUCCAGGUAGAAAUGAUGAAGUACAGGACUUAUACACACUGAAUACAGUAAAUGUUGCUGAUGCUGUUGUAACUGAUGAGACACUACAAUCAACAGAAACUGUUAACUAUGAAACCAUUACCGACUGGCAAUGGAUAAUCUUUGAUGGGCCAGUAGAUCCCAUUUGGGUGGAAAAUCUAAAUUCUGUGCUAGAUGACACCAGAAUGCUAUGUCUUGCUAAUAGUGAAAGGAUAUACUUAUCACCAGGGAUCAGAAUGAUAUUUGAAGUGGACAACCUGGCUCAAGCCAGCCCUGCUACUGUUAGUAGAUGUGCCAUGGUUUAUGUGGACCCAUUUGAUCUAGGAUGGGAGCCAUAUGUCAAGACAUGGUUAGAAGGCUUUACUGAAAUAAUAGAACAAAAUGAUAUAGAAUAUCUUGAAAGUUUAUUUCAUUGUAGUAUAAAAAGAGGACUAGACUUUCUCAAUCAACAUAAGAAAAUGCAAGCAUUUCCUGUACACGAGAUGGGAAUUGUAAUGAAUAUUUGCAGAAUUAUUGGUUCAUUUAUUCACAUAAUUAAGCAAAACAAUGGACUACAAAGUGGCAGUAAAAGAAGACAAAGCUCAGUGAGUUUCUCAACUGGGAUCCAGAACAAUGUUCCUCGGUUUUCAGAAGAAGCCCGUUCAUUCAGCGGAAUGGUACCAUCCAUAAUGAAGAAAGGAGUAGGUCCAAUAUGGUUUUGGAAGAAGCAACCUAAUAAGGUGCCAGUAUUGUUAGGAAAAUUGUUCAUAUUUGCAUUUACCUGGGCUGUUGGAGGAGUUUUAAAAAGAGAGGAAGAGCAUGAGGGUGAGACUUUAAUUGGCAUAAACACCAGCCAUGAUGAUCUUGCAAAUGUAACACGUGACUUCAAUUACCUUGUUCGUGAUCUUUUUGAAAGAGAGCCUCUUGCUAAUAUUCAGAUUCCAUCUGGAGACAAAACAGUUUUUGAUUAUUUUCUGGAUUUGCAAACAGGAGAGUUUGAACCAUGGGCAAAUUUAGUUCCUACUACACAGUUUCUUAUUCAGAAGGAGACAUUGGACCUUCCAGAUUCUGAUAAUAUAAUGGCGGAAAAUCAAGAAAAGAAAACAGAGACCUCUAUGUUUAUUCCCAAUAUUGAUACAAUACGUCAUAGUUUCCUAACAAGCCUCCUCUUACUGAAUAAACAUCCAGUGUUGAUUAUCGGUGACUCUGGUAGUGGAAAGACUGUUAUGAUUGAAAACAUGCUUCGACGACUUCAGAAACAAGGAGGAUUAAAUAUGAACAUUGGAACAAUUUUAGGAGAAGUUUUUUAUUAUGGUGAAAUUCAAAAAACAAGCUUGUUGAAGAAUUUUAGCUACUUGAGAUCUGACACCUUUCGAAGUCCUCGGAAAAGAACUUUUUCUUCAACUAAAGAUUUCAUCUCAUCUCUGAGCCUGAGUUCAACAAGAGAGGAUACUGAUCUAGAAGGAUCAUCUUCUGAAAGGACAAAAGGUGCUAUUAUUUGUACACUGCAGUUGGGUGCCCAUACCAGUGCUGCCCAAACAAAGGCUUGGAUUCUUCAGAGAUUAAUACUGAAAAGUAAAGAUGUUCUAGGUGCUCCACAGUCUAAACAGGUGCUACUUUUUAUUGAUGAUCUGAAUAUGCCAAUACCAGAAGAAUAUGGAUCCCAGCCACCACAUGAGCUAAUUCGCCAGUUUCUGGAUUUGGGAGGAUUUUAUGAUACUCGACACCUUGAAUGGAAGCACGUUCAGGACAUUGCCUUGGUUGCAAGUUGUACACCUCCUAGUGAAGGAAGUAAUGAGAUUAGUGCUCGUCUUCUGACACAUUUUUGCACAUUUGUUUUGCCUGCGACAUCUUUACAAUCUUUGCAACGCAUCUUUCAGGUGCGUCUAGGAACACACUUUUACAACAACAGAUUUUUGGUUGAAGUUCAGAAAUGCACAGACUACUUAACAUGCUCCUCUAUCGCUUUAUACUAUAGAAUGUUUUAUAAAAUGCGUCCAACUCCAGCUAAAUGCCAUUACAUAUUCAACCUGCGAGAUCUUUUUAAGUUACUUGAAGGAUUACUUCAAGCUCACAGAUCUGUCAUUGUCUCAAAAGAAACGACAGCAUUGUUCUUUGUGCAUGAAUCUGCCCGGGUUUUUCAUGAUCGCCUGGUUGAUCCUGUAGAACAAGAGAUUUUCUAUCAAUUUGUUGCCAGUGAGCUCAAUAACUAUUUUAAAAUACCAUGGUCAAAGGAACAAUUGAUGGAGGAUCCCCCUACAUUUGUGGAUUUUCUGGAUUUGAAUACACCCAUGGAAAAGAGAAUCUAUAGAAAUGUUACUAGGCAAAAGCGUCUUCUUUUGACACUAGAAGAAUCCUACAUCAGAAUGCAAGCAAUUAAACCUGAGAGUACUUCCAUCGUAUUUUUCAAGGAAGUUAUACAACAUAUAACAAGGGCUGCAAGAAUUUUUCGACAGGAAGGUGGUCACAUGACACAAAUUGGUCUAGAUGGCAACGGGAAAGUAACCUGUGCCUCCUUAGCCUGUUGCUUAUCUGAAUGCAGCCUCUACAGGUUAUCUGUUACCUCCAGUUAUAGUUCUGUAAAUUUUAGAGAAGACCUUAAAAAUGUCUACAAGCAAACAGGUCUGGAAGGCAAGAGGACUGUUUUUCUCAUCUCAGAUUCUGACAUAAUUCAAGAAUCGUUUUUGGAAGACCUAAGCUGUGUUCUGAAAUCAGGACAGGUGCCCAACUUAUUUGAAAAGGAUGAGUUGGAUAACAUUAUUGUAACCCUUACAUCUGUUGCUGAAAAGGCUAAACAUUCCAACCAAAUAGAAGAUACUUACUCCUUGUUCUUACAGAGAGUGCAUUGCAAUCUGCAUAUUGUUCUCACAUUAAGUCCUGCGGGAAUUAUCUUCCGCCAGUGUUGCCGGACAUAUCCUGCUAUUGUUAAUUGCUGUACAGUUGACUGGUAUGAAAACUGGCCUGAAGGAGCCCUUUGCCAUGUUGCAAAAAGUUACUUUAGCAACAAUGAUCUGUUUGGAAAUGAGAAUUUCAGAAAUCUGCUUGUUCACAUGUGUGUUAAUAUCCACAAAGAUGUAUCUAUCAUUAUUGAGAAGUUUUUGAAAGAAACUAAAAGACACUACUACAUCACUCCCAAAAGCUACUUACAAUUCAUAAGUACUUUUUCAACUAUACUUCAGUCAACAAAAGAGAAAACUUUGAAAGACAGAACUUCUUAUCAUUCUGGUCUGACCAAAAUCCUAGAAGCAACCUCACACAUUGCGGACAUGCAAGACGAGUUACUUGUCCUUGGACCUCAAAUAGAGAAAAAAGCACAGGAAAUAGAGGAACUUGUAGAAAAGCUUCACAAAGAUGCAUUGGUAGUGGAACAAGUUCGAACUAUUGUUAAAGAGGAUGAAGAAAUCAUGGCUGCAGAAACACGCAUUGUGGAAGAAUAUGCCAAGCAAGCAACAGAGGAACUCAAUGCUGUACUGCCAUCUUUGGAAAAAGCCCUUAAUGCUCUUGAUGCACUUGACAAAAACCACAUUGCAGAAAUUAGAGUGUAUACCCGUCCUCCUCCACUUGUUCUAACUGUUAUGAAUGCUGUAUGUGUCCUUCUCCAAAAGAAGCCUAACUGGGCAACAGCAAAAUUACUGCUUGCAGACCCUGGAUUCCUUAAAAAGUUGGUUACUCUUGACAAAGAUAAUCUACCAGAAAAGGUAUUUGUGCAGUUGAAAAAAUACAUUAAAUCACCUGACUUCAGCCCUGUGAAAGUUGGACUUGUUUCUGUUGCCUGCUGCUCUAUGUGUCAAUGGAUUUUAGCUCUAGAUCACUACCAUAUUGUAAAAAAGUUUGUAGAACCAAAACAAGCAAAGGUAGCAGAAGCAGAAGAGCUACUAAAACGUGCAUAUGAAAAACUGGCUGAAAAACAACGGAGCUUAGCUUUGAUUGAACAACAUCAGCAAAAUUUAGAAUCAAUGUAUGAAGAAAAUAUUGCUGAGCAAGAAAUGCUAGCUGCUCGAAAAGAUCAGACAACUCACCGCUUAAACUGUGCAUCUGUUUUAAGUACAGCUCUGAAAGAUGAAAUGGAACGCUGGAAAGAAUCUGUUAAUAAUUUUGAUCAAAGACUGCAUGGAAUCGUGGGGGAUGCCCUUGUUUCAGCAGCGUGCAUUGUCUACAGUGGAGUAUUAUCUGCAGGGUAUCGUCAACAGCUGGUUGAUGAGUGUUUGAAACUCUGCAAUGAAAACAAUAUCCCAGUGUCAUCAAAUUACUCGCUAGUAAACUGCAUGACAGAAAAAAAUGAGGUGCGCGAGUGGCAAAAUGCAGGAUUGCCACUUGAUCAGUAUUCCACAGAAAAUGCUAUACAUGUUAAGUAUGGACUACGGUGGCCUCUACUAAUCGAUCCAGAAAGACAAGCUCACAAAUGGAUAUGCCAAAUAGCAAGUGGCAAACUGCGACAAAUUUAUGCUACAGAUACUAAUUACUUGAGAAAACUUGAAAAUUCUAUGCGUAUUGGUGAAUCAGUCCUGCUGCAGGAUCUUACUGAAAAAUUGGAUUCAAGUAUGAAGCCAAUCUUAAAAAAAGAAAUCUUUAACAAAGGAGGACAAGAUUUCAUUAGAAUAGGAGACACAAACUUUGAGUACAACCAAAACUUUAGAUUAUACUUGACAACACAGCAAGCCAACCCCCAUUUUCUGCCAGCAAUAUGCAAUACUGUGACAAUGAUAAAUUUCACUGUAACCUUCCAAGGGUUGCAAGAUCAGCUUCUGUCUGCUGUUGUAAUUAAGGAGAAACCUGAGCUUGAACAAAAGCGUUGUGAACUGCUGGAAAGCAUAUCUAAAGAUCUCAUAACACUACGUGAACUUGAACAAAAAUCACUUAGACUUCUACAGAAAACCAAUGGACACCUUCUAGAUGACCAAGUCCUCAUUGACAAUUUACAAAGAACAAAAAUCACCUCAACAGAGAUUUUUGAACGUGUUGAAGCCUCAGCAGCAACAGAAGCUACAACAGAAGCAUUGCGUAAAAACUAUCUUCCUAUUGCCACUCGUGGUGCUGUGCUCUACUUUGUAGUGGCAGAUCUUGUUCACAUCAAUUAUAUGUAUCAGUUUUCCCUGCAGUGGUUUCAUAAGAUCUUUGCAGACUCUGUGGAUGAUAUCAACGAACAAAAAAGUGAUCUUUCUCUGAGUGUUUCAAGUAGUUCUAGAACGAGAAUUCCUAGGAAGCAAAGUAGACUUUCUACCACAGAAGACUUGGAAGAACCUGAGUGUGAGGCAGACAGCUUCAAAAGUCAUGUUAAUGAUGUAAUUGAGAAGUUAACGAGUAAUGUUCAUAAGACAGUUUCUGUAGCUCUCUUCAGUGAAAAUCAAGUAUGCUUUUCUUUUCUUAUGUGCACAGCAAUAAUGAGAAACAAUUGCAAUGAAACUGAAAUUACUAAUAACCUUGGAAUUAUACAAGAGAAUCAAUGGAACUUCUUCCUGCAUGCUAGCAUGAUGGCAAAUAUUAUGGACACACAAUACUCAGGGAAAACUGGUUCAAGUGAAUUUAUGAAAACUCCGCCACACUGGAUUACCGAAAUGAUGUGGAAAGAAUGCCAAUACAUGAACAUUCACAUGCCAGCAUUUAGACUAUUAUGUGAUUCUCUUCUAUCAAAUUCGCAGCAAUGGAGAGCAUUUCUAAAUAGUCAGAAUGUAUAUUAUUUGACUAGUACAUGUUAUAGACCAGUGUCAUCACAGCAAGACUUUUCAGAUCCUCAGUCUGAAGUUAUACAAAAAAGCUAUGAUCAGAGCAGUGCACCUUUAAUUUUUCCUUGGCAUAAACUUUCUUCAUUUGAAAGACUUAUCUUGAUAAAGGUUCUUCGACUAGAAAGCUUAAACAGUGCGAUACGAACAUUUGUAACUGAGAAAUUAGGAUCCAAAUAUAUUCAGACUGGAGGAACUGAUCUGAAAGCAGUAUACCGAGACUCUGAUUCUAUGACACCACUCAUUCUGAUCCAUACUCAUGGAGUGGACAUUGCUGCUGUCCUUCUGCGCCUUGCCCAGGAAAUAAAAGGAAACACCCAACAUGUGAAAAUGAUCUCACUAGGACAUGGUCAAGGUGCCAAAGCUGAAGAACUGAUAUACAAAGCACAGAUACUGAGUGGACAGUGGGCAUUCCUCCAGAAUUGUCAUCUCGCAGCUUCAUUUAUGCCUAGACUCUGUGGAAUUGUUGAUAUGUUUACUAAAGGAGAAAAGAAUAUAGAUGCAGAAUUUAGACUCUGGUUGAGUUCAACAGCAGAUACUUCUUUUCCUGUAUCUAUCUUGCGAAAGGGCCUGAAGAUAGUAAUAGAACCUCCCCAAGGAAUAAAGGCAACAUUACUUCAGACAUUUGGGUUAAGAGGCACUGGACUAGUAACAGAAACAGUAUUCAAUAAGACUACCUGUGGGCCAUCAUGGAAAAGGCUACUAUUUAGUCUAUGCUUCUUUAAUGCUGUAAUCCAUGAAAGAAAGAAAUAUGGAGCCUUGGGCUGGAACAUUCCUUAUGAAUUUAGCUCUUCAGACCUAGAGAUUUCCAUCCAGAUACUUGAGAUGCUUCUUGAGAAACAAAAGAAGAUCUCCUGGGCAGCUCUACGUUAUUUGACAGGAGAAGUAGCAUACGGGGGCCGUGUAACUGAUAGCUGGGAUCGCCGGUGCUUGCUUAGCCUUUUGGACAAUUUUUACAACCCUUCUGUGCUACAAGAAGAUUUUGCAUAUUCUGUAGACUGGGUAUAUCGACCCAUCUCUGAAACAGAUACUUUAAGAGACUGUAGAGCCUAUAUACGUUCUCUUCCAGAGGCUGAUUCACCUGAGCUUUUUGGAAUGCAUCACUGUGCUGAAAGAGCAUACUUAAAAACUCAAGCAGAGUUAUUUCUACAUUCAGUUGUCAGUAUCCAGCCAGCAGUUAGCACAGACACCCUCAUUGUCAGUGGUAGAAAGAGUCAGGAUGAAAUAGUGCUAGAAAUAGCAUCUGAUAUUCUAAUAAAAUUACCAUUGACUGUAGAAGAUACAGAACAAGUCUCUGAAAUUGAAGAUAGCAGAACUAAAAGAGAUUCAUUUGCAAGCUUCAAAGCAGGCCCUGUUUGGGCAGCACUUGUGAAAGCUACAGAAGGUCCUGGUUCUUUUACCAAUUCAGCUUUGUUAACUGUAUUACAACAGGAGAUUGACCAGUAUAAUCAUCUGUUGUCCACAAUAAUUCAUUCAUUACAUUCACUUCAACAAAGUAUCAAAGGUGAUAUAAUUUUCACCACGGGACUAGAGGAGAUUUAUCAUUCAAUAUUAAAAGCCAAAGUGCCACAAUUGUGGCAGCAACAUUCCUACAAGACACGUAAAUCUCUUGGAUCCUGGAUUGAAGACCUCAUUAUUGGAGUGAAUUUCUUUGCCACAUGGUCUAAUCGAGUUAUUGCCUUUAUGCAGUCAAGGUUUAACUAUUUAAUGAUGCUUCAAAGGCAAACCAGAACAUUGCUUCAGUUUGGUGAGGAUUCUGACUUUUUCAGUGGCAGCUACCAGGGAUACCCCACUUGCUUUUGGCUUCCAGGGUUUUUUUCCCCACAUGGAUUUCUUACUGCUAUUCUUCAGAAUUACGCUCGGCAGAAUAAAAUACCAAUUGAUUCUCUGACAUUUGCCCACAAAGUUUUGCCAUUUGUUCAGGAUGAAGGACAAGGUCUUCGAGGUUUCAAGAGAAAAGAAGGCAUAUUAAACAAAGCUUUUAAGGAACCUUCGCAUUGUGAAAGUGGGAUUACAAUUUUUGGCUUAUACUUAGAUGGUGCUUGUUGGAAUCCUGUCACAGAAGCAGUGGAAGAACCUGAACUUCACAAGAGAUUUUAUGAACUACCAGAUGUACUAUUUUUACCACAAAAGAUGAGCCUCAACUCAAGACAGGAGGAAGCAGUCUUGCUACUUUAUGAAUGUCCCUUAUACAGAACACCUGAAAGAUCUGGAAUGUUGUCAUCUACAGGUAUAUCAACUAAUUUUAUAACAGCAGUUUACCUACCAAGCUUGAUAGCUCCCUGUCAUUGGAUAACAAGAGGAGUUGCACUGUUGUGUCAAUUAGAAGACUAAGAAUCUCCAGGGGCAGUUAUAGGAAAAACUCUGUGGAAUACU